UUUCUCACUCUCUCUCUCUCUCUCUCAUUUUUAAAUUUUUUAUCUCUCAUUUGUUUUAAAAACCGCCGGAGUCAAAAUGAAGCAUCUCAUCCGCCGCCUCUCUCGAGUCGCCGACUCAUCAUCCGAGUUCUCCAUCCGCCGUUCAACUUCAUCCCUCCGUAACCGCCGCGGUCACCAUCGUCUCCACGCGCCGCCUCCGUGGUCUAUAUGCCCGGCCAGAAGAGUCAACACAACCGUCCCCGCCGGCCACGUGCCCGUCUACGUGGGCGAAGAGAUGGAGAGGUUCGUGGUGAGCGCAGAGCUUAUGAACCACCCGAUCUUCGUCGGUUUGCUCAACCGGUCCGCUCAAGAAUACGGUUACGCUCAGAAAGGUGUUCUUCAUAUCCCUUGCCACGUCAUCGUCUUCGAGCGCGUGGUUGAAACGCUCCGGUUGGGAGGAUUCGAAGAGUCCGGUGGCGACAUACAGGACCUCGUAGCUUCUUUGCUUGCCGGUGAUGAUGACUUGAUGAUUCUUGAAACUACCACUGAGUAGAGCUUUCAACCACGAAUUAUCCAAAUCGGCCAUUUUUAUCAUUUUCUCUGUUUUCUUCUUUUUUUUCCCCAAAUUUCGGUUUUCAUUUUCUCGAUUUUGUAAAUACAUAUACCAGUUUUCAUUUACACGUUAAUAAUCACUGUUUUAGCUGAUCAAGAAACUUGAU